AUGAGCUCCCUCAAGCGCCCACUUGCGCUUUUCAAGGCGCUGCUCGUGCGCAUCCCCUUGGUCCUCAGGACGGCCUUCCUGAAUGCCAUCCGCAUGUCUCCCGUGACAGGCAAACAGGACCUGCGCACCGAACUGACCGUCGCUAUUAUCCGCUCAUUCAUCACCUUCAGCACGCCGCUGACAAAGGCCCAGAAAGAUAGCAUGCGCGACCCCGGCAUUCAGGGUCCCAUGUGGGUGUCCAAGGUCACCCUGCCAGAGCCUGAGUUCGACGUGCGCGAUGCGGUCCUGCGCGCCGUUGAGGACUUGAAUGGGAGUGAAGGCACCUUCGACGUCCCUGGUAUCGCGGCAGUCGAAGCUGAGUGGACUGGGUAUCGCAGUGGCGUGGGAAAACGCGAACCGCUGCCGGACGUCUCGGAGGAGGAGAAAUAUCGCGAACUGCGCAAAGAGGCGCCGUCUGAUACGACGGUGUUGUAUUUCCAUGGAGGCGCAUACUUCUUAAUGGAUCCCUGCACGCACCGAGUCCCUUGUGCAAGGCUGUCUCGUCUAACGGGUGCCCCAGUGCUUUCAGUGCGAUAUCGUCUUGCGCCGCAGAACCCUUUCCCUGCUGCCCUCGUGGACGCCAUGACCGCGUACCUGUCGCUCAUCCACCCACCCCCGGGCGCACUGCACAAGCCUGUGCCCGCCAACAAGAUCGUGCUGGCCGGCGACUCCGCGGGCGGAAAUCUGUCUCUAGUCCUCCUGCAGACGCUUCUCACACUCAAGCGAGCAGCACGACCAAUUCGUUUUCAUGGCCAAGAAGUCGCCGUGGAGCUGCCGGCCGGAGUAGCGACCAUCUCGCCGUGGUGCGAUAUCACGCGCUCGAUGCCGUCCCUCCACCGGAACGCCAAAUUCGACUACAUGGACGCGCCCGUUCCAACCCCCGAAGAUGAAGUCGCCGAGAAAACCCCUUUCUCGCCACUUCCCUUCCCGCCCGACGGCAUAUGGCCCGUCGCUCCGCCCCGCGUCGACAUGUACGUCCACGCCAACAUGGCGUUGCACCCGCUCGCCUCGCCGUUGGCUGCCAGUCCCGAGCUCUGGAAGGACGCUCCGCCCGUCUUCAUCUCAACUGGUGAAGAAGGCCUUACGGACGAAGACUUGAUCAUGGCACGCCGCCUCCAUCAAGCCGGUGUGCCUGUCGUCGCUGAGCAAUUCGAGGGUAUGCCGCACUGCCACGGCUUUCUCAUGAUCUCCACUCCGACGGGCAAGCGAUUCUUUGAGAAUCUGUCGGAGUUCUGUCGCGAUGCUGGGACUGGCAGUGUUGCCUCGACGGGUACACUUACUUACUACGGAUUUCAGCUCAAGUCCUCGCGCGAGAUCCCGCUCGACCAAGCCUGUGAGGUGAGCGAUGAGGAGGUCAAAGACCGGAUGCGCAGGACUGCGGCGUGGAGGAUGGAGGCGGAGAAGGAGUUGCAGCGCGAGUGGCGGGAGAGAGCGCGCUUGUAA